AGUGUUCAGGUGCUAACGAAAAAAAUGGACGGUAUUCUUGGGCUAAGGGACAUUUGUCCGAACCUAGAGGGAAUGCAACUGCGCACUUGCAUUCAAAAAGCGCUGACUUGCUACACCAAUAGUCAAAGGCAGACCAUUACGAAGCUCCUGGAGGAAGGCAUUAAAAAGUGCACAACUCCAUAUGAAUCCUAUAAAGCGGAUCUGAUCAGGGCAAAUAUCCUGCUGGUGGCCUGCUUCACCAAUAUGGCCUACGAGGAGCAGGGCAAGCUGCGCAUGGCGCUACAGGCCAAGCUUGUAAAUAUUUUCCAGACACUGGAGGGCUACAAGGGACCCGAUGAUCUUAGCCUUCGUGUAAUCAAGGGAUUCGCCCUGAUGCUAUCACCCAGCACAGCCCCAGAGGCAGAUGGCCUGUUUGACGGCAUCCUCAGACAGAAUUCGAACCAUAUUCCGGCCCUGAUUGGACGUGGGUGCUUGGCCUUCAAUCGCCAGGACUACAUAGGAUCCCUGGGAUACUUCAAGAGUGUCCUGAUGACAGAUCCUGGAGGACCCGUUGAUGUUCGCGUAGGGAUUGCCCACUGUUUUUGGAAGAUGGGUGAUCUGAUAAGUGCCCGCCGUUCUUUCGAAUUUGCUUUCGAGCAUAACCGCAGAAGCCAAAAUGCGCUACUUGGUAUGGCCAUCUUAAAUCUGAAUGAGAGCGACACACAACUUUAUAAUGAGGGUAUUAAUCUCCUUAGCGCGGCCUUCGAAAUUAAUAAGCGACACCCGGUAGCUCUAAGUAUUCUGGCUAGCUAUUACUAUUCCAUUGACGAUCACCAAAUGGCGCUGAGAUUGGCUGGAAAUGCCAUUGGGUUCACCGAAAUCCCGCAGCUGAAAUCGCACAGUUUCUACCAGGUGGCCAGGAGUCAACAUGCCAUUGGGGAAUACGAGUAUGCCAGGAUGUACUAUCAAAAAGCGGUGGAUUCCGCACCGGAAGGCUAUGUGCUGCCUCAAAUGGGCCUCGCCCAAAUGUACCUGAGGGACGGUGAAUCCGACAAGGCCAAGAUCUGCCUGGAAACAUUCCUCAAGUAUCUGCCAAACGAAUCGAAUGCAAUGCGGCUAUUGGCCAGAAUUUAUCUUAACGAAAGGUCGCCAGGGCAAGGGGAAAAGGCCAUUGAAAUGUUGAUAAAAGUGGUGGCGAAGCCAUCGGCUCACCAGGACUGGGAUAGCUGGUUAAGUCUGGCCUUGGCCUAUCAGCAGAAUGGGCUCUGGGAGUUGGCCAUCAAUGCAUAUGACAAGGCUAUUACAAUAUAUAUGGAUCAGAGACUCCAGAUCCCUGUCGAGUGGCUAAAUAACCAGGCGGUCAGCCAGAUGUCGGCCAAACAGCCAGAAAAUGCCCUCGCAACCCUCCAGGAGGCGUUUCCCAAUAUGGGAAGCCAAGAGGAUAAACCCAACAAGUCUACUAACUAUCUCACAAUGCGGUACAACUACGCUAGGAUUCUGGAGGCCAUGAGAAUGUACGAAAAGGCUCAGACGCAGUAUAGUAGUAUCAUCGCCAGCUAUCCAGACUACCACGACUGUCACUUGAGACUGGGCCUGAUGGCGAUGCAGUUGGGUCAGCUGAACAGAGCCUUGGAGCACUUCAAGGAUGUCCUGGCCAUAGAAAACGACAAUAUUGGGGCCAGGACCUACCUGGGGGAAUGCUAUAUGAUGCUCAGUCUUAGCAAACAGUCCAUAUACAACUACAGUGUCAUUCUGCGUAGCCCUGGAAACACCGAAGACAGCUACUGCUUGAUGGCCCUGGGAAACUUCUAUCUGAAAAAAUGUCAGAACAGCGUGACGAAGGGAGAUUUAUCGUCAGCCAAAAGAAGUCUGGAAAUUGCCUUGAACUUUUACACGAAGAUUCUCCAACGCAGUCCCAGAAACGUUUGGGCAGCCAAUGGAAUAGGAGCUGCCUUAAGCACCUUUAACUACCUCUCCGAGGGUGAGGCCGUCUUUAAGCAGAUUCUCGAGUCUGGAAACAAGUGCCCCGCUGCCCUCCUGAAUUCGGCUCACGUAGCCCUGGAACUUGGCCAAUUCAAGCUGGCCAGCCAGACCUACAAGCUGUGCCUAAAGGACCAUCUACCGGAGAAUUGUGUGGAGGUGAUGCACUACCUAGCCAGAUCUCUGUAUGGGGAGAGAAGGACCGGCGAAGCCAAGAUGUGGCUGCUCAGGGCCCGACACUUGGCCCCUCAGGAUCCGCAUGUGAUAUUCAAUCUGGCCCUAACCAUUAAGAAGGAAACCAGAGAUCUCUUAGCCCUGCCAAAACCGGAGUGUGAUGAUCUCAACAGAUCUGAACUGGAGCUGAAAGUGGCCUCUAAAUAUUUUUCCUACAUUCAACAAACACAAUCUAGCGUUGCUGCACGUUCGUGUGCCAAAGCAUCCGACGAUUGCGAGGUCUUGAUGGGGAAAUUAAAGGACCAUCUCGAGCAAGUGCGUAAUUUGAAGUUAGCGGAUGAGCAGCGCAUCCGCUUGCAGGAGCAACGCUUCCAGGAUCACCUGCGGUCCCUGGAGGAGCAGCGUCUGAAGCGGCAGGAGGAGGAGGAAGUCCUUCGGAAGAACCUGAAGGCCAAGCGGAUGGAGGUCCUGGAACGCACCAGGAAAAUUGUGAAUGCCCCUCUGCAGCCUAAAGAGCCCAAAAAGGAUUCCAGCAAGGGCAGGAAAAAUCGGCAGGAGAAAGACGGAGAUCAGGAGAAGAAUCAAGAAAAGUCAAGAGCCAACAAAUCUCACAAAAGGGCUGCAAAUGAAGAAUUGGAUAAAGGUGUGACCAAGAAACCCAAGUCAAAAGAAUUUAUAAGUUCUGAUGAUGACAGUGAUUCGGAAGAAGGCAUAAAAACAAAUCCUAAAGCCAAUUGAAUGGUUUAAUAAACAGACCAAUAAUGUUUCUA